AUGGCUGAGUACAAGAUAGAGGUGACAACAGGUGACAGGCAAAAUGCAGGAACAUGGGACCACAUAUAUGUCACCUUAAUUGGAACUGAGGGGCAGAGUGAGAGAACUGAGUUGGACCACUUUGGCACAGACUUUUCAGCUGGGACAACAGGGAUCUACACCGUGAAAACCAGUUCAUCUCUGGGGAAACUUCUGCUGGUCAAAGUGGAGAAAGACCCUUUUUUGUUUCUCCCAGAAGAUGAGUGGUACUUCUCCAAAAUAGUGGUGACGACUCCAGAAGGAGAAGCCAUUCUUUUCCCCUGUUACAGAUGGAUCUCCAGGGGAGAACUGGUGGAGCUGAGAGGAGGGAAAGCCAUGAAGGGUUUUGAGGACCACCAUGCCUUGUUGAUUGACCACCGGAAAAAAGAGCUAACACUUAAAAAGAGCUUGUACCAAUGGAAGAUUAUGGCUGACGGACUACCCCAAAUCAUCCAUUAUGUUUCAGAGCACUGGAAGGAAGACGACUUUUAUGGAUCCCAGUUUCUGAACGGAGUCAACCCCAAUGUGAUCAAGCACUGCUCAGAGCUUCCCCCAAACUUUCCAGUCACAGAGGAGAUGGUGAAGCCGUUCCUGGCAGAGGGAACCUCUCUGCAGAAGGAAAUGGAGGACAAUGACCCCAAACACACCUCCAGGCUGUGUAAGGGCUAUUUGACCAAGAAGGAGAGUGAUGGAGUGCUGCGGCAGAUGACCUGGCCUCCACAGUCACCGGACCUGAACCCAAUCGAGAUGGUUUGGGGUGAGCUGGACCGCAGAGUGAAGACUACACUUGGCUAUGACGGACUGCUGGAGCUCAUGAGAAGGGCUCACUCUGAAACAACCUACAGCUCUCUCUGCCUGCCAGAGAACAUCACUGCACAAGGACUGGAGUCCAUACCCAACUUCUACUACAGAGAUGAUGGCCUGAAGCUGUGGAACAUCAUCAACAGCUUUGUGAAGGCAUUAGUGGAAUACUAUUAUCCCUCAGACAGUGAGGUGCUGAAAGACACUGAGCUGCAGGAUUGGAUCAGUGAGAUAUUCACACAUGGCUUCUUCGGAAACAAAGCUUCAGGGUUUCCAGCAGAGUGUCAGACUGUCGUGGAAGUGAUCAAGUUCAUCACCAUGGUGAUCUUCACAGUGACAGCUCAAUAUGCUGCAGUAAACAAUGGGCAGUAUGACUACUACUCCUGGGCACCCAAUGCCUCCCUCCUGCUGCACAAACCUCCACCAACCACAAAGGGGCAGUCAAGCAUGAAGACAAUUUUGGAGACCCUCCCAGAUGUUGGUGAGACAGUCAGCUUUGUAGCCAUGGGGUGGAUGCUUACAAACAAGUACACUGAUGUGGUUCCCUUGGGUUCAUACCCUGAGGAACGCUUCGAUGAGCCUGCCCCUAAGCAGAUGACGAAGGAAUUUCAAGCAGAGCUGUCCCGCCUCAAUGAAGCAAUCACAACAAGAAACUCACAGUUUGAAGUGCCCUACACAUAUCUGAAUCCCACUGAGAUAGAGAACAGUGUAGCAAUGUAACUAAGCCUGAUAAAGCCUUUUGUUUCAUUUUCUUUUUAUCUUUCUGCAUUAGUGAACAAUAUCAUACCUUUUUAACACCUGUAUCGCAUGCGGUGUUGUGGGUAGCAAAUGUUUGAGCUUGGGCUCGAUAUGAGUCAAUAAUCUAAAACA